AUGUCCGUAUCAGCGAAUGUUGCAGCUUUUCCCUUCAUGAUCAUAUUAUUUAGACUCGGAACGGGUUGGUCAACGGUCGCUCAGGCGAACCAGAGGCGAACAAAUGCAAAAUUGUCCAACGAGGAACUGGAUCACAUUUAUCGUGUACUUCAGCGCAAUGAAUACGUUAAUGAGCGCGAAAAUCGACGUAUCGAGUCGAUGUUACGACGUUUGGAAAAUAUGAAGACGGCUUCGGUGCCACACACUAAAACAGCUUGUGCCAUCUGUGGUCAUGAAUUUGGUCUUCUGCUUAAGUCUUCUACACACUGCGCCGAUUGUGGCCGCCUCGUCUGCACUCGUUGUUCAAUGGAGUUUACCGAGGAGGCGACGGAUAAGAUAAAACCAGUGGCACACGCCUCCAACAUUUCGCCUUCGCGUUACCUACCACCUGGUUCCAUAGACGUCUCGGUAAAUCGGCAAAGGAGUUCAAGGGUUCUACAGCGGCUCUGGCAGUCACGACAACUGUCAGAGCAGCGCGAUACAUCGAACGGGGGUCCCGAUUCACGAGACCAUUCACCUUACAAUGAUAGGGUUGGCGGCAGGACAAAGCACAAAUCGUUCUCACUUGAGAGACGCCGGUCACUACCACGGCUAUCAAACCUCUUCUCAUUCCCAUAUUCGCUCAGUCCCAAGCCCACACUUUCACCAGCUGGACAUCGGUUUCACUUGUGCAAGCUUUGUUGUGAGGCCAGAGAAGUAUGGAAGAGAUCAGGAGCAUGGUUUCAUAAGGGGCUCCCCAAGAGUGGGUUCCACAACAGCUGCCCCCCAAGUCCACUGAGAGCUAAGUCUAACACUGAGAACGGGAGGACGAAUCGGCUGAUUUGCAGUCCCUCUGAACUCAUCCCCUCAACUGGCGGCCAUCAAGCUAGUGACGAUGAUUGGACUCGCAUAGAAACAGUUCGAAACACACAAGAGAUUGGGCGGCUUCCCACACAGCCACCAAUUGAGAAGCCAACUGAGUCUGCUUCGGGCGCAGCGGUCGCCAUCUCUGGAAGCAACAGCAUGGCCAGCAGCACAGCCAACCUGAACGACACGCUCGGUCCCUCGGAAGCUGCAUCAUGGAAGUUGCCGUCACAGCAGCAACAGCCAUGGGGCCAAUCAACAAUGGGUAAAAUGGAAUCGAAUUUGACAUCCGAAAUACCUGAUUCACUCUCUCAGGGUGGCUUUCAGUCGGCUGAUCGACCUCCUCAACUUCGAAAGGAAUCGAAAGUUCAAAGUCUCUUCCCCGAAGCUCGUCUAGGUCUGGGCUUCAAUAGCUCCAACAUUGCACCACCUACAUCCGCUUCUCCACCAAAACUCACAUUUAACAAAGACGGUUCAUUCUUAAGAAAGUCUCCUAUUUCAUUCGCAGAGGCACCCUUGGGGAUCCUGUACUUUUCCGUUAUGCACGAUGUUAGCAACUGCGAACUUCACGUCCGGAUACACAAUGCUAAAAACCUGGUUGCGAUGGAUGCAAACGGACUAUCAGAUCCAUACGUGGUGUGCCAACUGCUGCCGGCGGCUGGUAAACGCUUUCGCACUCGAACAAUACCUCAGACUCUCAACCCCAUCUGGAACGAAACAUACACCUUUACUGACUUCGACAACAAAAAAGUAGAAAAGAGGGUUCUCAGGUUUGCCGUACUAGACGAGGACAUUUUUGGUGCGGAUUGGUUGGGCGAAUAUCGUCUGGGUCUUGGAGAAUUGUUACCAGACAUUUUAUCAGAGUUUGCCGUGCCUUUAAAUCCCCGUAAACCGCUACCGAAGGAGAUUGAUGACCUGGCAACUCCUACCCGAGGAAAAAUCCAGAUUGCUUUGCGUUUCGUCGAGGAAACCAAACAGCUCUGUGUGGAGGUUCUUCGAUGUGCCGAUCUUGCCCCAAUGGACCACAAUGGAUUAUCUGACCCCUUUGUAAAGUUAUAUCUUCGGCCCGAUAAGCUACGGAAAACCAAACAAAAGACCAAGGUUAAGAAAGCAACUCUUUUCCCUGAAUUCAACGAGCAAUUCUUCUUCGCAAUGGACGCUUCGGAGGUGAACAAGCGGACACUGGAGAUAACCGUAUGGGAUUUCGACAGAGGAGUGACGAACGACUUUAUCGGUGGACUGACGCUAGGCGCGAAGGCGAAGGCUGAGAGGCGCGAGGUCUGGCAGGCGGUGUUUCGACCGCCUUAUCGGCGCUUCGAGGCCUGGUUCCAGUUGGCCUCGCGAUCGGACAGCGGGUCAGCAGGCACCGAAGUGAGGUCCACCGGGGAGGCCAUCACCGAUCACGUGUCCACCCCCGGAGUUCGGGACUAG